UCGUUUAAGAGUCGAAUAUCACUGAUUCAUCUACAGUUCGUUUUAGAGUUGAAUAUCACGGAUUCAUCUACAGUUUGUUUAAGAGUCGAAUAUCACUGAUUCAUCUACAGUUCGUUUAAGAGUCGAAUAUCACUGAUUCAUCUUCAGUUCGUUCAAGAGUCGAAUAUCACUGAUUUAUCCACAGUUCGUUUAGGAGUCGAAUAUCACUGAUUCAUCUUCAGUUCGUAUAGGAGUCGAAUAUCACUGAUUCAUCUUCAGUUCAUUUUGGAGUCGAAUAUCACUGAUUCAUCUACAGUUCGUUUAAGAGUCGAAUAUCACUGAUUCAUCUUCAGUUCGUUUAAGAGUUGAAUAUCACUGAUUCAUCUACAGUUCAUUUUGGAGUCGAAUAUCACUGAUUCAUACCGAUACUCGGAUCAUUUCAGACUAUGGGUGAUGUCGCGUGCGCUCGCGACCCCGCUUCAGGUAUCAACGGCAGCAGCCAUAUAGUUAGGUCAGCUAACUAGCUAGAUGUCUAGCUACUAGAUAGAUGUGGAGCAAGUCUGUGUUUUUUUACUACCUUAAAUUGUUAAUUAUUUAAUUUGUAGUGGCUGCAGUACGCAAGUUAACUAGUUAUCUAAUUUGCAGUCAACCCCUGACCAAGUUAGCAAGUUUUUAGUCACUGCUGCUAAGCUAACAGCUAGUUAGCACAACUUUUGGCUGACUGACUGACUGCUACUAAUGCAAAAAUGAGGUGCACAAUUGCAGGAAAUGGUGUGAAAGUGUUUGGAAGGGCAGUUCAUGCUCUGUCACGGAUUGGUGAAGAUAUUUGGUUGGAUCCACUGCAGAAAGGGUUGGCUGUUAGGUCGGUGAACUCAGCCCAGUCUGCCUAUGCCUGCUUCCUCUUUUCUCCACUGUUCUUUCAGCACUAUACUGCAAACCUAGACCAAGGGCGAGAAAGUAAAGGUGUCAAAUGCAAAGUGUCCCUGAAGUCAGUGCUGCCCAUCUUCCGCAGUGUUGCCACGCUCGAGCGCAGUGUGUGCAAAUGUGAGAUAUCUAUUAACGUCUCUGACAGCAGAGUGAAAUUCCAGUUUAACUGCAGACAUGGAAUAACAAAGACACAUAACUUGGGGUACCAAGAGUGUGAGGCACUGCAAGCUGUUUUUCCAACUCACCUCUGUCCCAACAUUCUUAAGGCACAGCCAAAACUUCUCAGUGACAUUGUGAUGCACUUCCCAACUUCACAAGAGGAAAUCACACUCUCUGUAUCACCUUUAAGAUUUAAAUUAAAGAGCUACUACGAAGAGGAGAAUGAUCUAAUCAAAAGCAUGAACACAGAGAUGUCUCUGCAUCCUGAUGAGUUUGACUACUUCCAGGUCGGGGUGGACUCAGAUGUUACUUUCUGUCUUAAGGAACUGAGGGGCUUGCUGUCAUUUGCUGAGGCCCAUGGUCUUCCAGUGUCUAUUCACUUUGGUGCAUCUGGCAAACCUGUGUCGUUCAGUGUGGAGGGUAUGGUGCUGGAGGCUGUUGUAGUGUUGGCCACUCUAGCGAGUCCAGACAGCGAGAAUCCUUCGCAGGAGUCGAUUCCUCAGGAAGCUCCAGCACCCAGGAACAGAAGCGAAGUCUGCCCUGGAAACAUUUCCAUAGCAGACAUCUCCAUGGAUGAGGGUCCUUUAGAGGCAGAGGCUGCUGGCGUGGCACCCAAGCUUCCAGCCUUCCCAACAGAAGAGCAGGUGGCUUCCAGCCAGGGAAGUCCAGUCUUUAUUCCAGACCUCCACAUGAGAAACCUCCUACAGCUCCACGGAGAUGAAGUAGGCCUUUCAAGACCUUCUCUGUGUGAUGUCAUCUUUGAAUCUGAAUCUUUGACCUCUCCAGCAACACCAGCCACUUUCAAGUUCCGUUCCCUGGUUUUUGGAGCUGUAUCAAGUGACCAGGUAAAUGUCAGUGCACUGGAGCUGCCUAGUCUGGUAUGUGCCAGUGACACUGAUGAUGAUACUGGAGAAGAUAGUGGCAUGGUUGAAGAGUAACUCUGAAGAGUAAAAAUCUUAAAGGACACAGUAACACAGUGCAGUAUAUAGGCACAAUUUGUUAAAUGUACUUUACUUUAAUCUAAAUUGUAAUUCUUUUAAUCUGUUAGAUUACUAUUUAGGUUUUGUGUGUGCAGAUGUGCAGAUGUACUAUAUACUAUAUGUACAGAUGUUUGUGGACACCCCUUCUAAUGAUGCAUUUAGCUACAUUUAGUUGCAUCCAUAGGUGACACCGCUUGUCCAGUACUUCUAAGGAAGUACUUCCACUAGAAUAGGACUCAAAUGGAGCAUAUGAACAUGAACUUACUGGAACUGUUCCUAAUGCUAUACAUGAACUUGAGUCGGGUCUAAAAUGGCCCAGCAUCCAAUAUCCAACACGCUAACACGCAACACUCUUUUCACUGAAUGCAAUCAAAUCCUCACAAUGCUCUUUAACAGUAUAGUGGAUACAUUAUUUUUAACACUCUUGAUUUCAGAAGAAACAACAAAUGAGCAGGUGUCCCAAUACAUUUGUCCAUGUAGUGUAUCUUAUAUGUAUUUAUUAUUUUUAUACAUGCCCAGGCAGGCUAAACAUACACUGCUAUAGUCAGCUGACUUAAGCACCUUUGGUACAUGUUGUUCUUUUAACAAAUUCUUUCAAAAGACAGAAUCUGGAAUGUGUUUUUAAAACAAGCCUGCCUGGAUCGUGAUGAUUGAAGAAGUUAGGGAAACUUUCUCUAAGGAAACAUCCACUGUACAAGUGUGCAUAAAUAUUUUUUUUCUGUUAUGUUUAACACAGCUUUUGUUAUGAAACUGUUUUGAUGGUUAUGCCCUUCUGUACCACAGUAAAUAUCUCAUAAUAUCCUUAAUCUCAAAUGAAUUCAGACCACAACAUACAAAAAUAAACCUUUAUUAGAUCAUAUGACCAAUCACAUAUCCACUUUAAGCAUUCACAGAUGCUAGCAUUAGCCUUGUGCGUUAACAGUAUACACCUCAAGGAAAUUAAAAUGAAGUUUAAAAAAGCAGAGCAAGAAAACAAAUGUUUUAAACACAGAACCCACACAAACGUAUCAAAUAUAGGUUACUUUCAUAUACAAUGUCUGAUGUGUAAUAGCCUACACUUGCCAAAUGCAUACAUCAUAUAUAAAUAUACAGCAAGUUUGUAUAUGCACAUUUGUGCAAACACACACUCACGCACACACCUUUCACAAUAGCAUAAGAACCUCCAAAGUGGUUGACAUAGCAUUAAAAGAUUUCUUUCCUUCUUUACAUUAAA